AUGACUACCAAGAUAAUUGGGCACAGGGCUUACAAGGGAUACUACCCAGAAAAUACUAUAGUCGCGUUUGACAAGGCUCUGGAGGCUGGGGUGGACGUGGUCGAGACUGACCUCCAAAUGUCGAAAGAUGGUAUAGUGGUUAUCAACCAUGAUACAACGACGCUUAGAUGCUGGGAUAAGAACUAUCGCAUAAGUGAAACCGAAUGGAGCGAUUUGAAGGCUCUUCGGUGCAAGAACAAAGGUUUUACUGAAUUGAAGAUGCCGUCCCUAGUGGAAGUAUUGAAGUGGGUGGUGGAUAAUCCUUCGGUCAAGCUGAUGUUGGACAUUAAAUUUACCAACGAUCGGGAGAUCAUGCUCAAAAGUGUGGCAGAAAUGUUAAGCGUGCGAGAAGAUCUGCCUUUUUGGCGUGACCACAUUAUAUGGGGCUUAUGGACCGUAGACUGGUUUCGUUACGGGAUGGAAACGGGUGUGAUCAAGGACUUCGAAGUUGUGUGUAUCUCGCUUUCUUUGCAGAUGGCAAGAAAAUUUGUUGAAUACUCACGAGAGAUUAAUAACCCACAUUACAAGCUUAGUGGAGUCAGCCUGCAUUUUGUCUCAACUUGGAGUUCUUAUUUUCAGACCUCAGUUAUACCAUAUCUCCAAGAACACAACGUCGACAUUUACGUAUGGACCAUCAACCAGACGAUCGAUUUCAAAUAUUGCAACGCCCUUCCUAUUGCCGGGUUUGUUACAGACUUUCCUGUCGAAGCUCGAGAGGCGGUGUCUAAGUAUGACCGCAAUCAACUUGGGUUCCAAAGGCCGGCGCAUUUAUCCAAAGAAGGCUUCAGAUUCUAUAGCUUUCUUUGCAUCUACCGUCUAGUGGAAGAACUUCUAUUCUCUCCGUGGGCUCGAUACAAAGUUGUCGGCAACUUCUCAUUUUCCUUGCUGGUCAUCAUUCUACUGCGAGCCAUUCAUUUUCUGUGA